AUGUCAUCCCCCUUCACAAUCCGCCCCGCCACCCUCUCCACCUCCGACGACGCCCUCCUUAUCGACUUCCAAGAAUCCCAAAUCCCCUGGCUCUCCGCCAACGGCGGCGCCGGCCAAUGGGGCACCGAAUCGAUCCGCACCGCCCGCCCAGAGUCCUCCGCGAAGACGAAAGCGUGGGUCGAGAAAUCGCAACGCCAAUCCCCCUGGUCCAGCGGCGACUGGUGUCGGGCCUUCAUCGCGGAAUCCACCAGCGACGGGACGCCCGUGGCCGGGUUGGUGCUGGAGGAUAGAGCGGCGGGGUACGUGAAGGCUGUGUUGCCGGGGCAGGUUGAGGGGGAUCCGUUUGUGUAUUUGACGUAUUUGAUUUCGAAUCGCGAGGCCGGGCAGAAGGCGAAGGGGGUGGGGCGGGCGUUGAUUGCGUUUGCGAGGGAGGAGGCGAGGAAGGUUGGGGUGCGGAGGUUGUGUUUGGAUUGCUAUAGGGGGAAUGAGAGGAAGUUGGUGAAGUGA